AUGAUGCUCGAUAACAUUUUAGGGAGAGCAAGAGUGGCGAAGGGGAACAGAGGUAGUUUUUCAGACAGGUUUGAAUCUCUGACCACCUGGUCAGAAGAGGAGCUAGAUUCUCUGUGGAUCGGAGUGAGAAGACACGGAAGAGGUAAUUGGAAUGCCAUGUUGAAGGAUCCGAGAUUGCAUUUCUUUCCCUGUAGGACCCCAAGGGACUUGGCUGAGAGGUGGGACGAGGAUCAAUCCAAACUUAUGUACAGCAUGCCCUUUUCCCAACCAAAAUAUGCCAGUACCCCAGAUGUUUUGUCUUACGGUAUGAAGCACUUUUCAUAUCCUAAAAUAAAACAUCGGUCUGAUGAUGUCCAACUUUCACUUGGAGAUGCAUCUACCAGUUAUGAGGAUAGUGAUAAGAAAAUAUCACCAAUGGAUUUCAUCAAUAUUCAACAUAAUGGGCUACUUCAGAAACCAGUUACAGAUGCGAGGACCUUUCCGUCCUAUAGUUAUGCAGUAGCCGGUGCUGAAUCUUCAUUGCAUACGGGUCCCAUGACGAGCAUGACUGUGAAAGGUUGUAGUUUACCACCAUGGCUAAGAGAAGCAGUUGCCAUCCCUCCAAGGCCACCUGACACAGCCCCAACUUCAUUUGAUUUGUCUGCUUCUCAUCCUGGAAUGCAGUUGUUUAGACAGCCAUAUGUCAACUCUAAUCUCUGUCAUCAAGAAGCAAGGAACAGGCUGAAUAACAAGUACACCAUCUCAGGUAAAACUGAGCUACAAACAGGUGGUAGAUCUCAUUUAACCAAUUCACCGCUCAUUACCAGAUGUAGGAAGUCGAAACCAUCCGAUAAUAACCAAGAGGACUUGAUCAUCAUCCACUGUGAUGCCUCGUCCGAAGAGACAAUAUCUGACAAUCAGUGUUAG